AUUCGAUCGUACGGUUCAUAAUACUCGGUCUUGUUCUGCUAUUACCGGCAUUCAAUUGUUGUUGGUUUUCGUUUUUAAGACUCUGUGCUUGAAAAAAUGUGCGAUCGAUUGUCUUAUAAUUAAAACAGAUAUUGCUUUGAAGAUAAUAGGCAAAACGAUAUGGUUUUUAACGAUAUGAUCUGCAAAUAUUAGCUUACUUCUCCUGCUCCCCGCCUCGUCAACCCUAUAAAAUAACAAACAAAUAAAUGAGAUUGUACCACGAAAGCCCAUUUAGUGGGUCGAUCAUUCGCACAUCAAACACAGUUGAAUGAAUGCAAUUGAAAUUAAUACUUGAGUGUAGAAGCUACAACAACGACGCCACAUUUUAUUGAAAAAAAAGAAAAACAGUAAUCGAAAUCAUAAUAAAAAAGAUGUUUAAAUGAUUUAUGAUUGAAUUGAACAGAACUCAACGUCAGUCAGACAUACAGUUCGACACAUUUAGUUGCCUUUCUUCUACCUCUUUCUCUCUCUCUCCAACAAACCUGGGCCCAUUUGCCCCAUUGUGAUUUUGAAAAAAUUUGGAGAUAUUGUUCUGAGUUUGUGGUGUUGCGUUGUCUGAGUCGGCAGUGAAUGCGCGCGCGUUUCCUUUUUUUGUGUGCUAUUUUAUUCUAAAGCCAACGGACAGGCAGCCGGACAGACAAACUUACAAACGCAGUCUGGCUACAAUAUUGGGUCAAAAGAAAGUACUCACAUAUCCAGCAGUGCCGUUGCUCUCAUUUCAAUAGCUAGUGGGACCCUAACAUUGCAAUGCAUUCAUUUUUACGUAGCUUGGGCUGGUUUGUAUUGUUGGUCAUCGCCCUGCUGUCGCUGAUCCACCAGAAUGGGGCCGAGGCAAAGCGCACCUUUGAAGUUGACUGGGCCAACGAUAGAUUUCUCAAAGAUGGUGAACCCUUCCGCUUUAUUGCCGGUUCAUUUCAUUAUUUCCGUGCCCAUCCGGAUACUUGGCAAAGGAAAUUGAGAACAAUGCGUGCAGGUGGUUUAAAUGCUGUUACAACCUAUGUCGAAUGGUCCUUGCACAAUCCCAAGGAUGGUGUUUAUGUAUGGGAGGGCAUUGCCAAUUUGGAGCGUUUCAUUAAAUAUGCCAUUGAUGAGGAUUUGUUGGUCAUUUUGAGGCCAGGCCCCUACAUUUGUGCCGAAAGAGAUUUUGGCGGAUUUCCUUAUUGGCUGUUGACAAAAUAUCCCAACAUACAGUUGCGUACUUCGGAUAUAAAUUACCUAUUUGAGGUGCGCAUUUGGUACUCACAGCUAUUUGCCAGAAUUUCCACCUAUCUCUACGGUAAUGGUGGCCCCAUCAUUAUGGUACAGGUGGAAAAUGAAUAUGGAUCGUAUUUUGCUUGCGAUAAGAAAUAUCGUGCUUGGUUGCGCGACGAAACAUUGGGACAUGUCAAGGAUAAAGCGGUACUUUUUACCAAUGAUGGGCCGAGUGUUUUGUAUUGUGGCCAUAUUGAUGGGGUGCUGGCGACCAUGGACUUUGGAGCUACUAAUAAUCUGACAAAUUACUGGAAUAAGCUGAGACGUAUGCAACCCAAGGGACCGUUGGUCAAUGCCGAAUACUAUCCGGGAUGGUUGACUCAUUGGGGAGAGGCAAUGGCUCGGGUGAAUGCGAAUGCCAUAAAAAAUACAUUUAUUGAAAUGCUUAAUGAUGGUGCCAGCGUCAACUUCUAUAUGUAUUAUGGUGGCACUAAUUUCGGCUUUACCGCUGGUGCCAAUGAUGGUGGACCCGGACGUUAUAUGGCCGAUAUUACCUCCUAUGACUAUGAUGCUCCCAUGACAGAGGCCGGCGAUACUACCUCAAAAUAUUUUGUAUUGCGUGAAAUUAUUUCACGCUAUUUGCCUUUGCCCAAUAUUCCGGUGCCACAGCCCAUGCCAAAGAAGAAAUAUGGUAUUGUUAAACUGCAGGUGUGCUGUUCUCUACUCUCGAAGGCCGGACGCCAAGAAUUGGCCACUGGUCUUGUGCUGGCCGAUAAACCCAAAACAUUUGAGGCCCUUAAUCAAUUCUCCGGUCUAGUGUUGUAUGAAACAUUCCUGCCCUUGACGAAAAGGGAUCCUGGUGUGCUGCAAAUUCUUGGUCUCCAUGAUCGGGCUUUGGUCUAUGUUGAAAAUGAUUUUGUGGGAAUACUUUCGCGUGAAACUCCCAUUUAUGAGUUGCCUUUACCUUUGGGCACCGGCAAGAAACUGCAAAUUCUGGUGGAAAACCAGGGACGCAUAAAUUAUGGACCCACCACCGAUUUCAAGGGCAUCAUAGGUGAUGUGUUGUAUGACAAGAAAGCCCUCAACAAUUGGAACAUGACCAAAUUCCCCCUGGAAUCCUAUGAAGACAUUGAGCGUUUGAUACAAAAAGAAGGUUCAAAACUCAACGAAAUCGAUUCCUAUAAAAUGCUCAACGAUGGCCCCACCAUAUUCUAUGGUUCAUUUGAAAUCAAAGAUUUGCAUACCAGCGACACCUAUUUGGAUACCACCGGAUGGAGCAAAGGCAUUGCCUUUGUCAAUGGCGAGAAUAUGGGUCGCUAUUGGCCCAUGGUGGGACCUCAGGUCACCUUGUAUGUGCCAGCCGAAGUACUUAAGGUGGGCGUCAAUUCUAUUGUACUUAUCGAAUAUCAAAGUUCAUCUGCAACGUCAGAAGUGACAUUCACCGAUACGCCCAAUUUAGAUGGUGUGAAAAAUUGAAAUAGUUUCCAAGGGGCCAAGGGGGACAAGAAAUGGGGAAAUUGUGUUACAAGUAAUUAUUGCUUUUAUAUGAUGACUUUUUGUAUUUCUAUAAGUGUAGUUUUUUGUUUUAUCCUUUUUUUUAAAUAAUAAAAUAUACCAAUCGUUUUAUAACCAAUAAAACCAUCGGCAUUGAUUUCGUUGAAACCGCACUGAAA